AUGUCUGACUUUCAGGAUAGGGAACCAAGUAUUGUGAUUAAUGGUAAUUUAGAACCAGAAGAAGAUCAAGAAUUAUACGUUGAAGAAGAAAUUCCACAACAAAAUGAAGUUGAUGAAAAACCAGUGAAAAAAGUUGCAUUUACCGGUAUUGAAGAUACUGAAAGUGAAGAAGAAAGAUUGAAGCGUGAAUUUGAAGAAGGCGGUGGUCUACCAGAGCAACCUGUCAACCCUGAUUUCUCCACUUUAAAUCCUUUAUCACCUGAAAUUAUUAAUAGACAAGCUACUAUUAACAUUGGUACAAUCGGUCAUGUCGCUCACGGUAAAUCUACUGUUGUCAGAGCCAUCUCUGGUGUCCAAACUGUUCGUUUUAAGGAUGAAUUGGAACGUAAUAUUACUAUCAAACUGGGUUAUGCCAAUGCGAAAAUUUACAAAUGUCAAGAACCAACUUGUCCUGAACCAGACUGUUAUAGAUCAUUCAAAUCAGAUAAAGAAAUUUCUCCUAAAUGUCAGAGACCAGGCUGUCCAGGUCGUUACAAGUUAGUUCGUCAUGUUUCCUUUGUCGAUUGUCCAGGUCACGAUAUCUUAAUGAGUACUAUGUUAUCAGGUGCUGCCGUUAUGGAUGCCGCUUUACUUUUAAUUGCUGGUAAUGAAUCCUGUCCACAACCACAAACAUCAGAGCAUCUUGCGGCUAUUGAAAUUAUGAAGUUAAAACAUGUUAUUAUUUUACAAAAUAAAGUUGAUUUAAUGCGUGAAGAAAGUGCUUUAGAACACGAAAAAUCUAUCUUAAAGUUCAUCAGAGGUACGAUCGCUGAUGGAGCACCAAUUGUCCCGAUCUCUGCACAACUCAAAUAUAAUAUUGACGCUGUCAAUGAAUUCAUUGUGAAGACUAUUCCAGUUCCACCAAGAGAUUUCAUGAUCUCUCCUCAAUUAAUUGUCAUUCGUUCUUUCGAUGUUAACAAACCAGGUGCUGAAAUUGAUGACUUGAAGGGUGGUGUUGCUGGUGGUUCUAUCUUAAACGGUGUUUUUAAAUUGGGUGAUGAAAUUGAAAUCAGACCAGGUAUUGUCACCAAGGAUGACAAGGGCAAGAUUCUAUGUAAACCAAUUUUUUCAAAUAUCGUAUCAUUAUUCGCUGAACAAAACGAUUUGAAAUUUGCAGUUCCAGGUGGUUUGAUCGGUGUAGGUACAAAGGUUGAUCCAACUUUAUGUAGAGCCGAUCGUUUAGUUGGUCAAGUUGUUGGUGCUAAAGGUCAUUUACCAAACAUUUACACAGAUAUCGAAAUCAAUUACUUUUUGUUGCGUCGUCUAUUAGGUGUUAAAACCGAUGGUCAAAAGCAAGCCAAGGUCAGAAAAUUAGAGGUGAAUGAAGUUUUAAUGGUGAAUAUUGGUUCUACCGCUACUGGUGCCCGUGUUGUUGCCGUCAAAGCUGAUAUGGCAAGAUUACAAUUGACCUCUCCAGCUUGUACUGAAGUCAAUGAGAAAAUUGCUUUAUCAAGACGUAUUGAAAAGCAUUGGCGUUUAAUUGGUUGGGCAACCAUCAAGAAGGGUACUACAUUAGAACCAAUUGCCUAG